UGACAGAAACAGAAAAUGGCUGAUAAGUGUGAUCUGUGUCUGCUGGGACUGAUCAUUCUCUCUUCACUUCUCACAGAAGAUAUUGAUUACAACUUCGGACGGAACCAUCAAGGAUUUCUCCUCAGCCUGCAGAUCCGAAUGCUCCUCAACAGCCAAAGGCAUUUUGCAAGUACCAGUGGAGUGAAUGAGAAUGUGUUCAUCAGUUCUGGUGAAAAUGUCCGUCUGCCCUGUAAUAAUGCUCUUUCUGACUGCAAAUCAACUACAUGGAUCUAUAACAGUUUCAGAAGUUCAGGGACAGUUGAACUGAUUGGUUUAGGGAUAAAGAAGAAAAACACAGAGAGACAUGAGAGACUGAAUCUGGGGUCUGACUGCUCUCUGAACAUCAAGAACGUCACAGAAGAUGAUUCUGGAUUAUAUAGCAGCCUACAAUUUGUGAAUGGAGAACAAGGAGCUGAUGCACAUGUUUAUCUGCAUGUUCUUCAUGUUUCAGUGUCUCCAUCAUCAUCAUCAUCAUCAUCCUCACAGACUGAGAUCAGUCCGGGCCGCUCUGUGACUCUCUCCUGUCAGGUGUAUUCUGGAUUCUUCUGUGAUUAUUGGGUUCGUUCUGAGGGACUUCAGCUGUCGUGGGUGAAUCAGGCUGGUGUUGAUCUGACGACAGACUCCAGAUAUCAGAUAUUAUUCUCAUCAGAUCACUGUAUCAUCACUCUGACUACAACACUCCUGAAUGAAGAUGACAACAGAGAGUGGAGAUGUCAGCUUACUCUCAGAAAUCAACUCCAGACCUCAGUCAGAUACACUGUCAAGUAUUCAGUUGUAGUGUCAACUAAAGCAACAACACCGACUCCAGAUGUCACACCAAACUCUCUGAAUCCAGUGAUUGUGAUUGUGAUUGUUGUCGCUUCAUUCGCUGUUCUCCUUCCUGCUCUUAUUCUCUGGAUGAUUCGCAGAAAAAGAGACGAUAACAGAAGAGGAACUGAUGACUCUGAGGAUCAACAAACACGACCUGUCUAUCCAACAGGACAGAACACUCUUCUUCAACAGGAGCAGACAGAUGAUCAUGUGACUUAUUCUGAGGUCACUGCGUACAGUAAAAACCAAGACAAAGAGAACAAGGUUCGCUGUGAUGAUAAAGUGACUUAUGCUUCCAUCAGAGGAGCAAAAGCUGGAUCUCAGGAAAACUGCAGUGAACUUUAUGCCUCUGUGAACAAGAACAUCACAAAUCAGUCAAAUAAUGACACAAAAACCACAUGAGCAGAAGAAUAUGAAUCUAAUAUAACUGAGUCCUAAUGGUGUCAUUCAGUGCCAUUAUAAAUACUUUCAAUGUCUUUUACAUGUUAACAAACAAACCCAAGUGAUGCUCUGAUUUAUUUGUAGUUAUUGGUUAUUUUUCUCAGUUCAGCAUGUUUUUUGUAUAGUUUCUGUCUGCUUGUUGAUCAGUUAAUGCUAGUGUCUUUAUUAUUAAUUCAGAGCUGCAGGUUUGUACAAAGUCUAGAAAAUGAGGACACUUUUACUCUCUUACAUCAUUCUCAUUAAAUGCCAUAUUAUAAAUUAUAACAGCAUUUUUUAAAUUCUGAAUUAAAAUCAGCACUUUCAAAUAAAUAUUCUUCAGAGUUUUA